AUGAAUCCCGCACGACCGUCGUUCAUCUGCGCGAGCUGCGCACGAUCAAUCCGAUCACGAACAUCACCUAAUGCGAUCCGUACAUUGGCGAACAGCGCUGUGCUCCGGCAGCAACAAGAACAUGAUGCGCUUCGUGAUGUCGCUGCGGACCUCCCACGAUGGCAAAAGACUCCGCCACGGAUGAGGAUGCCUAUCCGCAUGCGACCAAUUCCAAAUCAGCCUCAGUGGAGUGUGAACAACAAACAGGAAAUUGUGGAUCAGGCAUAUGAUAAUUUCGUGGGGAAUGCUGGUGGGAAUAUGAGAGGGAGCGAACUGCUGGACAAUGAGACAAAGUGGAUCUCCCUCACCCAUAAAUCCUUCGAACACGGCGCCCAGGGAUUCAACGACCGCCUCGCCUUCCUAGGCAAACGUCUCGUGGACUGGCACGUCAGCCUCGCGCUCCUCAGCCGACCCAACACCAGCACCCGGGACGCGCCAAUCGAAGACGUCUUUUCACACCCGGCCCUCCACGGUCUCGAGAACGUCUCGGAAGGAGCCAAAUCUUCCAUUCUGGAGAAAUCCCGGCUCGCGAGAUUGGCUGACACAUAUAAGAUCCCUCAAGCCGUCCGGUGGAAGCCGCGUAAAUCGGAUAGUCUCGAGUCUUCGGGACAGGACCUUAUCAUGGCACACGCGAUGUAUAGCAUGGUGGGUGCAUUAGUGCUGAAGCAGGGCGGAGAGAUCGCGACGAGGGUGGUGAGGGAGAGGAUAAUACGGCCUUUGGGUUUGAGAUGA